GCUUUACGGCUGCCAUGCAUCACAUGUCCGCAAGCAUGGAAGCUAGGGAGUCGGAGAAGGGAUCUGUCGAGCAAGAGCCUGCGGAAGGGAGAGAACAGCAACCAGAGGCAGAAGAGGGGCAGGAGAAAUCCGAAGAGGCGGCUCGGGGCCGCAAGAAACGUGUUGUGCCGGGCAUUGUGUAUCUAGGCCACAUUCCGCCCCGCUUUCGGCCUCUGCACGUACGGAACCUUCUCAGUGCGUACGGCGAAGUCGGGCGUGUUUUUUUCCAGCCCGAAGAUGGUUUCGUGAGGCGCAAGAAGAAGAUAGCGGCAGCCUCCGCCAUGAGAGGAAAAAAGCGGUCCAAGUACAGCAAGGACUACACCGAGGGCUGGGUGGAGUUCCGGGACAAACGAGUAGCCAAGCGUGUGGCAGCCAGUCUCCACAGCACGCCCAUGAGCGCGCGCAGGCGCAGUCCCUUCCGUUAUGACUUAUGGAACCUCAAGUAUCUGCACCGUUUCACCUGGUCCCACCUGAGUGAGCAUCUUGCUUUUGAGCGCCAGGUGCGCAGGCAGCGCCUUAGGGCCGAGGUUGCCCAGGCCAAGCGUGAGACUGAUUUCUAUCUGCAAAGUGUGGAACGGGGACAGCGCUUCCUUGCAGCUGAUGGGGACUCUACCCGCCCAGAUGGCUCUUGGGCCUUUGCCCAGCGUCCUACAGAGCAGGAGCUGAGAGCCCGGAAGGCAGCUCGGCCAGGAGGACGUGAACGGUGUCGCCUAGCCAAUGCCCAGGACCAGGCCCGCACCAACCCAGGGCUGCUUGCUAGGAUCUUUGGAGCCCAGCCCUCAGAGAACAUGGAGGAACCCUCACUGGUCAGGAACUCUUGAGAGGCAGAGAGGUCCCUUCCACCUCCUAGCCUGCUUCCUGUCUACCUGAUAAUGACUAGCUAUGCAGAUAUUUUAUUGUGUUUCUCUGACCAGGAGUCCCAUGAAUGCCUAGGCAAAGAAGUUUUGUUGGUCUCCUCCCCACUCCAACUCGCUUGUCUGGUGCACCUAAUUCAUGCUAGCAUGAUUACAACUACUGCAAAUAACUGUUUUGUUUUGUUUGAUCGUUGGCUGCUUGCCUCUGGCCCAGUAGGGCACUCUAAAAGUCUUGCUUCCUAGCCCUUGAAAGAGCUUUUACUUAGAGCCAGAGGGAUAAUGGCUAGUCCCGGCAGCUGGUUACUGUCUACAGGCAAAUGGUGGCAGCAGCAUCCUUUUUACUUAGAAAAGAUUAACAGGAGGGGUGGGAUGGGGUUAGGAGCCCCUUCCAAACAUAUUUAUAGAAAAGUAAAAAAUAUUUUUAUAUGCUUUUGUAGUUUAUGGGGCAGGGGGAUUGUUGGAUAAGUUUCAACUUCUGACUUCUUGUUCCUCAUUCACUUACCUUCACUCUAUCUCCUGGCCUCAGACUCCUCCCUGCCCCCACUUCAACCUGGACCCUUUUCUAUCUGUCUGAUUAGUUUCUUAGCCCAUUUUAUCAAUCAGUUAUCUAAUUUAGCAUUUACUAAGUCACUAUAUGAGGACAUAGUGACAGUAAGUAAUAACACAUGGCCCUUGGUGUUAAGAGUCUUACAGACCACUAGAAAAAGACAGAUAUUUAGUAAAUAAGUAUACAGAAGUACCACAGGCAUCAUGGUAGAUACUUAUAAGGGGUGGAGUGGGGUCCAUGGAAGGCCAUGGUUGACUCUGGGAAGUUGAGCAGUGCUCUUAGUGAGGAACUGAUUCCUGAUCACAGUCAUCAGAGAUGGGUCAGUCUUCACCAGGUUUUCCAUAGCAUUCCUGUAAAGUGAAUAGAACUCUGAAAGAACUUGAUACACUCCUACACUUGCAAACAAAGCUCCAUGGAUGGAGUGUUGGGUUCAAACCACUUGUAAAGGUGGUAAAGCUUAGGAGGUAGUCAGGUACAAAUGUUGCCCCUCAGGUGCAUUUCUGUGUGUUGGGGCUUAAACAAGGGAGGGUUCACAUGCAAAGCAACCUGGAGCCUACAAAGAAUCUAUGUAAGCCACCAAGAGGAACCAGAAAUUGAGGUGUCACAGUAAGAAGUCUACACACCACCUCAUAUAGAUGAAAAACUCUGGUCAGUAUUCAGGCUGUUAAACUUACAAGAAGUGAUAGAGUGAUUACAAUAAUUGGGUUUUGCUUGUACUAUUUUUUAUUUCACUGUCAUAAAUACAAUUAUCCAUGUAUUCUUUGGGUAAAGUGAAUUCAUCCACAUUUUUGGCUUUGAAAUAACCUAGCCAGAUUAAGAUAUUAAUUGAUACAUACACUGUAUUUGGUAGAAUAAAAAUGACCAUCCAGUAAAAAACUAUGGUUGGCUUGGUAUAACAUUUCCCACAAUUCAUGUAUCUCUCACACCCAGCACACAAACACAUCUGUGAAAUGUUAAACCGUUAUCUUCUGGGAGCCAUGCUACUCAAGCUGUGUAGCAAAGCUCAGGCUGGCGGAAGACCCCCCACAAAGCAGGGGCCUUCGCAGCUGGCUCCCUCUAUUACCCACCUUGGUUUUGUUAUUCUCCAUUAUACUAUUGGCUUUGUUUUUGCUUGCAUUGUUUCCAAGGGCUAAGCUAACCUUUACUGAGCAGUGUGGAAAGGAUGAGAACAUAAGUUUCCCAGGAGCUUUUCAGGACAGUGCUCCUGAAGAAUGGAACAAUCAGGGGCCAAAUGGCGAACUUGGCAUAAAGUACCGAAACCUACUGUUAGUCAAACAUUGACCGCCCCAUUUCCACUGAGAAUGCCCCCCUUGUUUACAAUGCUAGUGAAACUAGUGAUGGAAAGUUUUCUAGAAAUAGAGUUAUGAGAGAAUGUUGAAUGGAAUAACCCUGUUGACACUUAAUCAUCUCAUGUUUUCUUCCCUCUACUACUUCUAUAGUUUGUUUUUCUUCUUUCCUAAUUACAGCCCUUUACUAGAAUUUGUGCCUCAUAUGUGAAAUUACCAAGUACCAUAAUUUUCCAGGAAGUAAAGAUACCUCAAAACAAGUGCUGGGCAUAGAAGCCACAGAGCAUAAAUCUGAAAAGAAGUGAAAAACUAACCUUUUCAAAGAAUAUUACGUCUCUCUCGCCAGCUUUACAUCUCCCUGUAUGGCCCCAUAAGAUGGCUGGUUAGCCAGAGAUGGGUAAGAUUCCUCAAGGGAGGAACAACUUAAGACAGGCACAGUCACAGGGGGGCCAUCAGGUGAGAAAAUGGGGGCUAACAGAGGUGAGGCUUAGAACCUCACCCCCCUAGUUUUGAGAGAAAUCUUCUACACCUGUGGAUGUUUUGUUGCCCUUGUUCAGCUUGGAUUAAGACCUGGUCUGUAGGCACAAACCUGAUCAUCUACACCUGCCUUCUUACAGUUCUAAAUCAUGCUGUCUAUAUCUUGCAUUUACCUACUAUAUUAACAUUUUAUUAGAUUCACAUAUAAAGUAUAAAAAUCAAAUGAAUAAUCAUACAUUAUAUUUGAUGUGAUUGUUUAUAGUUUAAGGUUUGUAGUUAAAACAGAAACAGUUUCUAUGAUAUGAAUGCCCUUGCAUUGUUCACCAUGUAAGAACUUUAGUCGCUGCAGUAGUGGAGUCAUAGACCUGUGUAGUAUAUGUCAGGGAGAUUUUAGUAUCCACACAGAAGAAAGAGAAACGUAGAUAAGAAGGGGAAAUUUAGUUUGCUGCCUACUGUGUCCUAUAAAGGGGUAUAAGGUGAAGAUAUGAAUUUAUGAUUUUUAGAUUGAUUAUAAAUUUAUUAAAGCCUCUAAGAAUAUUUUUGUGGGAAAGAAUCCUAGCUAACUGUGGCACUAGGUGACCUGUAUUUCGCCCUGAGCUGAUAGACGCCAUAGUCGCUGCUACAUACUGCAUGCUCCUGUGGUCACAUGCACUACUUAGAAACUGCGUUGCAUAGAAACGUAAAACACAAUAGAGUACAUGUUGAUAGGAAAAGUUUCGGUCAAAGAACAGAAAAACCAUCACCUGUCUAACGCUUGACCAACCAUGAAUAGAUUAGAAAGGAGAAGAAAGAAAACUCGCCUAUACUGCCUGUACUAAUUAAUCAUCAGAACAAUAAAAAAUAAUCAUAUCCUUGUGCAAAAUGGUAUAAAUAAAGCUGUCAUCGACACUUUGUCGAGAGAUCACCUC